CGAAAGCCGCAUAACGUUGCUUGAUCAAACCCCACACUGUCGAUUGACGGGCCGGCAGACAAUUCGAUUUCGCGCGCCCCAGCGACCCCAGCGACGAGCACCUCGACGGCGUCAAUAUUCAACCUAACAACGGCGGGCAGGCAGGAAGGCUUACUUUCGACUACAGGCUACCGCUCUCGACAUUACCAACCAGUCACCAUGUCGAACCUCUUCCGGUCGCUCGCAUCCUCGAUGCGCGCGCUUUCCCUCGCCGCUCCUCGCGCGACUGCCGUCAACACCACCAAGACCGUUGUCUCGACACACCAGACACGAUGCCUCUCUCAGGGCCUCCUCUCCCGCCACAUUUGCACGCCCAUGUGCUCCCAUAACAGACCCGUCGCCGUGUGCCAAAGCGCCAAGAACGGCCUGCAGUCGAAGCAGCAAUCGAGGGGCAUGAAGGUUCACUCCGCUAUCAAGAAGCGAUGCGAGCAUUGCAAGGUCGUGCGUCGCAAGGCCAACAAGAGGCAAAACGGCUACCUCUACAUCAUUUGCCCUGCGAAUCCCAGACACAAGCAGCGCCAGGGCUACCGGUGAACAUGCCGAUGACGAUAUCGACAGUGGAGUGGCACAUGGUGUGUACAACGAGCGCUCAACAACGGUCUUGGUCUUGUGGUUUUAUUUUCGGGUCUACAUAGAAGGAUUGGGCUGUACGAUACGUUAGGCGAAAGGACCAUCUUGAACAACGAGCGCCGACUCGCAUGCCGAUACGGAGACGUGUAUAUCAGACCUGGCAUUUAACGGGCCUUUUUUUCUUGUCGCCCAGCAUAAGGGAUGGCCCGUCAUGACGAUUCAGCAACGAGAUUGGGAUAAACCGAACCCAGAAACGGUCUGGUCGUGUGGAUGAUACCAGCGCGUACGGCCUCAGCCAAAUGACAAGGAAUGCGACCCAUGAACAAGAGAACGGUUCUUCGGUGGGUGAAGGCCGAGGCGAGAUAUGGUCUCUUCGACAGUUACAGACCAUCAAUAUACCUCUCCAUAUUUUCCCAUUCUGUCUUGCCUGUCGAGAGCAGAUAGCGAAUGUGGUCCUUGUGAGUGAGACAGGCCAGUGUCAGUAGCAAAAGGGACGCAAGCAAAAUUGAGAAAUCGGACAAGGAGGAAUACGAACAAGGUCAGUGACAUGGCGGUUUCUCUCAAACUCGGCGCGGGCCAUCCUUCUCGUCUCGGCACGCGUGGCCGGGUCCGGAAUCCGGCGGGUCGCCCGCAUGAUGGUGCGGUACAAGGCCAAAACUCGGGCUCUUUGGAGAAACUAAGUAGAGACGGUAGAUUGGAAAACUCAUCCUCAUUACGAGAUGAGUGGGAGCGACUUACAUGUUCCAAACUCAGUGUGUUCCCCAGACGAGGCCGCGGGCGGCUUGCAUAUUCCCGAAUGCAAAGCCGCAGAGCUGGCAAGCACCGUACAAGUGGUGCUGAGUGGUUCAUGGAAAUGGGGUGUUAUGAGGGUGAAGUUUGUGUCUGUGAUGAGAUUGGUUGAUUCAUACCCCGAGCUUUGCUGAUUAGAAUACUCCUUUGGAUGAGUGAAGGGAGCAAGCAGAUCAGGCUUGGCAUCGAAGUGUGUGGUAUGUAGCAAAGUUGAGGUAAGAUACUUAUGCACACUAUGCUUCAAUAGGAAAGGCCCUGCAGCAGAUACAAAGUACCUUUGUGUGAUGAGGCAUCACGUAGAAUAGAAGUGGCUUUAAC